AUGUAUGAGGUAUAUUAUUUAAAUGAGCAUGAUGAAUUUGAAAAAAAAAAGAAAAAAAAUGAAGAAAUACAAAGUUCCCUAAUUUUAAAAAGUCAUGCCAUUUCUUCAGAAAAAAAAUGUAAGUUAGUUAAACACAACAUUUAUGAAGGAGGGUAUACAAUAUGGGAAUGUACAUGGGAUAUGUUAAAAUUUUUUCAUAAGGAAGGGUUCGAUUUUAAUAAUAAGCAAGUAUUGGAAUUAGGUUGUGGGCAUGGUUUAGUUGGAAUCAAAGUGUUAUUAGAUAAUGGAAAUGUUGUUUUCCAAGAAUUAAAUAAAGAAGUUAUUAAUGACGUCUUACUACCAAAUAUAAAAAAAAAUUUGAAGAUGAAACUUAAAAAGAAAAAGUUAAAAGAAAAUAAGCAUUACAUGAAAAUAAAUAAUGAUAAAAUAACAUGUUAUGUUAUUAAUAAACCAUGGCAUAAAUUAAAUUCGAAAUUACAAAAGAAGAAAUUAAACUGUUUUGAUUUUAUAUUAGGAAAUGAAAUAUUAUAUAGAAAAGAAAAUUAUUAUCAUAUUUUAAAAAUUCUCAAAAAAAAUCUGAAAAAAGGAGGAAAAGCUUAUUUUGGUUCGAAGUCUUAUUAUUUUGGAUUUGAAGAUGGAACAGGUUCAAAUAGUUUUGUGACAUAUGUUAAUAAUAAUGAACAUUUUAAUUUCGUUGCAAGAAUUAUUCAAACCACUACAGGGAAAUCUGUCUAUUCGAAAGAUAUUAUAGAAGUAACCUUUUCACCCAAUAAUGAUUAG